AUGGGAUCAGCACUGCUGGGAAUUCUAGCCAAAUCAGUGAUGACGCUGGGGACAUAUGCUAUUGUUGGUGUGGAUCCUGACGUCAUGGGUGGAAGCCUGGUUUUUGUCGUGCCAGCUGCAGCAAAGGCUGCUGGUUUAAAACUUCAGUUGAUGUAUUGCCGCAAGAGGUUGGAGAUUGUUCCACAAAAGAUCAACCUCAAUGAGGAUGCAAUGGCCAUUGGACACAUUCUCUGGGCACUCUACGUGUUUGAUGCAAGUUGUACACUUCGUGUUUUGUUUUUUAAUUGA